CCUAUAUAAACGUUUCACGCCCUGUCCUCAGCAAAAAUGUCGACUAACGCGCUCGAGAACCAGUCAACUGUGACUGUCGAGACUGAGUAUUUGGAGAAUUCAGCAGACGAGACGGUUCCCGGCAUCAAGUCCGGUGUAAGGCUAGAUAUCAAUGCUGCGAAGCCAGAACCCCGCUUCCGCGACGGCGCACAGGUCCACAUGUCAGAAAAGAUUGGAUCUACCAGGAUGAAAGGCAGCUACCAGAUUAGCAAGUCUCGUUUCAGUGGCUCCAAAGGUUACACUGAAUACCAAUUGCUCGAGCCACUCACACAGUCGCUUCAUAACAAAGGCGCCUGGUAUCGCGAGAAGGACUUAAAACAGGGGAGCUGAACUCAGCUGCAGUGUACAUCUUUUUGAGGCUGUGUUCACCGGAAUUCUCUUGCCCAGGCAGCAGAGUAAUACGGUGCAGCCAAUGGCGCACAGGCAUUAAGGCUGUGUCUCAGGGUAGGGCGAUCGCGAACACAUGGGUGCAAUGGCUCUUCGCUACGUACAUAAACAUAUUUACCCG